GCUGUGCAGUCAGCUGGCUGGCCACUCCAGAGGUUUAAGGCUCAUAAAAUGUAAAUGUGUAAGUGUGGUGGGAAGUGGGGAGGAGUAGACUGAAUCAUUAUUAUUCAUUAACUGGAAUGCAUUUCGCAGAAUAGCUGGGCAGGAGCAGGCCAGUGGGCGCCAGCUGGGUGAGCUGAGGUCGGGGAUCCACCACCUAGGUGGCAGGCUGUGGCUGCUGGCUGGAGAGGGGGACACUGUAGAGCAGGAUGGGGGGCACUGGAGGAAGAGAGGAAGGCCUCCCAGUUACCACAGUUCAGGCUGUGCCAGGUCCCACCCCCAGAGGCGGGGCCAGGGCAAAGCCCCGCCAGCCUCAGCUCCGUCCCUCCGGGAACCCAGGCGCGGCAGAGCCUGGGCAGCCAGGAGCCCCGGGCUCUGCUGUCUCCGCCGAGUGGAGGCACCAUGCUCUCACCGGCCCGGACACCAGACGUCUUCAGAAGCCCUGCGGGGCUGGCUGCGGCAACCCCCUGAAACUCGGAGGAAGAGCCCAGGCUGGGCAGCAACACCUGUCUCAACAGCCAUGCAUCCCAGCUGCUGCUGCGGGCCUCGCUUGCCCCCUGGCCCGAGAUGACACCCAACAGCACCACGGAGGCGCUGAGCUCCAUUCCCGUGACGGCCCUGGGGUUCUUGCUGGCCCUGGCAAGUCUCAUCGUUGCUGCCAACCUGCUCCUGGCCCUGGGCAUCGCCACGGACCGCCGCCUGCGCAGCCCGCCCGCCGGCUGCUUCUUCUUGAGCCUGCUGCUGGCCGGGCUGCUCACAGGGCUGGCGCUGCCCAUGCUGCCAGGCCUGUGGAGCCAGAGCCGCCGGGGCUACUGGUCCUGCCUCUUCCUCUUCCUGGCUCCCAACUUCUCCUUCCUCUCCCUGCUGGCCAACCUCCUGCUGGUGCACGGGGAGCGCUACAUGGCUGUGCUGCGGCCUCUCCGGCCCCGCGGGAGCACGCGGCUGGCCCUGCUCCUCACCUGGGCUGGCCCUCUGCUCUUUGCCAGCCUGCCCGCUCUGGGGUGGAACCACUGGGCCCCCGGAGCUAACUGCAGCUCCCAGGCUGUCUUCUCAGCCCCCUACCUCUACCUUGAAGUCUACGGGCUCCUGCUGCCUGCCGUGGGGGCCACUGCCCUUCUCUCGGCCCGCGUGCUGGUCACCGCCCACCACCAGCUGCGGGACAUCCGCCGGCUGGAGCGGGCGGUGUGCCGCGGCGCACCCUCGGCCCUGGCGCGCGCCCUUACCUGGAGGCAGGCCAGGGCGCAGGCCGGGGCCACGCUGCUCUUCGGGCUGUGCUGGGGGCCCUACGUGGCCACCCAGCUCCUCUCGGUCCUGGCCUUUGAGCAACGCCCACUGCUGGGUCCUGGAACCCUGCUGUCCCUCAUCUCGCUGGGCAGCGCCAGCGCGGCGGCCGUGCCGGUGGCCAUGGGGCUGGGUGAUCGGCGCUACACAGCCCCCUGGAGGGCGGCCGCCCGGAGGUGGCUACGGGCCCUGCAGGGAAGAGCCUCUCAGGACAGCGCUGGCCCCGGCACCGCCUACCACACCAGCAGCCAAAGCAGCGUGGACCCCGACCUGAACUAGCGGACGAGCCUCUGCUCACUCCUUCUAGAAGCCUCCAUCCGUCUCGGCCACCA